GAAGAAGCAAGUGUCAAUUAGGAGAAAUAAUAUAACGGAUUGUCCGUGUUGUAUCAACGAAUUAUCGCGGGGUUGAACUCGAAAACUUUGAUGGUUUUGAGUAUGAAACGUGAGGUCGAGGCUUUGAAAAUUACUCGUACAAAGGCACACUAGUUUUUAUUAUACUCAGGCCUUUAUAAAUACUGUAUUUCGGACUUGCUUUGUCUAUGAAAACUCUAGUGUGUAAUAAUAGUAGCAGUAACAGUAACAGGAGCAGAAAAAUAUAUAUACAGCAAUACAUAUAAUACGAGUACAGAGGUGGAAAUAGUUGCUGUAGGUGGAGACGGAGCUCGGACAAGCUCGCAAAGAAAAAUAUGUUUGGUGAAAUGACAAACAUUUUUUUAUCCUUUUUCUCCUGGCUACAGAAGCAUGGAAUAUUUUGCCUCGUUUGUCUAAGCUUAGGGAUUGUUGUCGCAGACAUUAAGAAUCUCACUGAUGCUCAAGAAAAUAUUUUGUCACGACAAAAAAGAUAUUUAAUAUUUCCUCGAGGUAGCAAUGUUCAGUUGGUUUAUUGUUUAACAAUCGGAGCGUUUGCUGCAAAGCCAGAUAAUGUGGUGGUGGGAAUGACAGCUGCUUUGGCAUGGGAAUUGCCGAGUGAAGUCGAUAAAAAAAUAACUAAAUUACUGCACCGUCGAACACGAAGCGUGAUCUUCCCUAAAAUCGAAGCGCUUCUUCAGUCGGCUGGCCUUGACGGUAGAGCUUGUGUAAUGAAGGCAAUUUGCGAAGCCGCAAAUCGGGGUAGUGAUAAAAUCGGCAGUGGAACAUUCAUUCAAGAACUUUUGCAUGUGAUUUUCAGAUUAAGAAAUGACGGAAAUAACUUUGAUAAAUCUCAAGACAAGAUUUACGAUUUUACUCAUCAGAGUAAGAUGAAUUGUGCUCAAGAGUAUCCUACUUGUCGACACUCCAUUUAUGAACUUGACUUUUGACACUUUUACUUUACUAAAGGAAACUCUUAACACCUUUAUAAAAAAAUUUUAUGCCCAAAAAAUCCUUGUAUCACUCGAAAAUAUGUAUUUUACAUUUACUUAUAAAUAAAAAAAAAACGUUAUUUUUAGUACAA